AUCAUGCACUGCCAACAAUUUUUGUUGUAACUUUUGUAGUUUCAUCGUAAUUGUCGCGUUGAUAGGUUUUGAUAAUUAUAGCUCUCGUUAUGGUUCUCAUUCGUUGAGAAUCAGCAAUCUGAUAACGAGUAGCUUUAAUUUUAUUGUGGACAGUACUUUAUAUGUAACAGUUUGCAUAAGUAGUUACGACUUAUAACAUAACCUCCUCGGAUCGUUGAGAUCUUCACAGCUUCCGAAUGAUUAAUUCUAACGCAUCGUUCGAACGUUAUAACGCAUGUAUAUAAUAUAUGUAAAUUAUGUAUAAAAGCAAAAGCUCCACGUGUAUCUGACGCACAAUGAAAUUACUGUGAUAGGCAGUUUACGAAAGUAUUUUGAAAAAUGUCCGCAAUAAUAGAUGAUAAAGUGGUUGCAGGAGCGAAAUCCUCGAACACUGUUAAAGAGGAUCCCAUUGUAGCAUUAACGGAAAAAGUAAAUGCGUUAUAUUUUUUUCGAGAUCAUUAUUUUGAAAAUCACUCUAUCGAGGAAGCUAUUAAAAAGAACGGCGACGUAGAAAAAAAGAUGAAAGAUACUUUAAGUAAACUCGAUGAGUGCAAGGGAUACGAAAUCGAUGGAUCACGGGCGAAAUAUUACUAUCUAAAAGGGAAAGCUCUAAAUGUCACAGAACGUUUUAUACCUCAAGCGGAAGAGUUACUGACAAAGGCAGUAAAGUUGGAACCUAACUUAGUAGAAGCAUGGAAUGAACUAGGAGAAUGUUAUUGGAAAAAUGACGAUAUUCAACAAGCAAAAAAUUGUUUCGUUGGAGCUCUACGCCAUGGUAGGAAUAAAGUAUCUUUGAGAAAUUUAUCAAUGGUACUCAGACAAGAACCAGUGCCUGAUGUUGAACAACGAAUACAAAAUAUACAGAAAGGAGUGGAAUAUGCUAAGGAAGCCGUCAGUCUUGAUACGUCAGAUGGUAUUUCUUGGGCAAUUUUAGGAAAUGCUUAUUUGUCUUCCUUCUUUACAAUAGCACAAAAUCCCGCGACUUUACGACUCUGUAUGUCAGCUUAUGCACAAGCAGCCUUAAAGUAUCAAGAGGAAUAUAGUUUAGCAUUGAAAUCUUUUGAGAGAGCAAUACUACUGGAUCCGGUGUGGGAAACACCACGUAACAAAAGGGACGAAUUGUUACAAUAUUUGAAAGAUGUACAAAAUUCAGUAAACAAUAAUGGAAAAAUGAAACCGAAGAGAUUAUACCAAAUGAUAAGGGCAUUGGAUGUUAAACAUUUGGGACCAUACAAAGAUGGCUCUUUCACGUCCGGCCAGAAAACUAUAAAAUUAGAUUUAGUAUUACUGAAAGACUUAGCCCUUGGGCUAAAUCCAGAGAAAGUUAUAUUUGGGAAAGUAGUAUGUUGGAUACAAGACACCGAUUGUGUACCUUUCGCCUUUUGUCUCGUUGAUGAGGAGAAAACGUGUAUUGCUGUAACAGUAUAUAAUCUUGCUAAAGGUCGUGGAGUUACCAUAGGAGAUUCUGUUGCUAUACCUGAACCAUUUGUGAUUCAUCGAAAGUUCUCUUAUCUCAAUAACGUUAGUAUUAUUAUACUGGAUUUUGACUUCAAAUCUAUACGCGUCGAAACUCCAGUUAUAUUGGUUGUUAAUGGAAGAAAGUUAGGUAGAGAACAACAAGCAUGUGCAAAAUUGCACACCUUUAAAAAAACCCAUUGAAAUCAAUGCACAAGUGUAUGCUUACGAAUGUAUAGCGAAACGUAGUUAGUAACGAGAUUUCCUUUCCUCUCGAAUUAAAAUCAAUAUUACAAUUGAUAGGCAAUGUGAUACAUAAAGUUCGAAUUUAAGUAUAUUAAUGAAAUAUUAACAGAAUAAUCUUACCACAGUCAAUAUUUCUGAAGAUGGAUUAUCCAUUUAUAAUUAUUACACGGUUCUUUAGAAGAAUGUCGUACGAAAUGAGAAUGACGAAAUUUAUAAAAAAGAAGAAAGAAAAAAAAAA